UGGGGGGCGGGGCCGAGCGCUUAAAGCCCUCCUUCGCCCCGGAAGUGGGGCUGUCGGCGGAGUUGGGGUACGCGUGCGUCCGGGCCCGGUCCUCUGAUCCACUAUGUCGAAGGUUUCCUUUAAGAUCACGCUGACGUCAGACCCGCGGCUGCCGUACAAAGUACUCAGUGUUCCUGAAAGUACGCCUUUCACAGCAGUCUUAAAGUUUGCAGCAGAAGAAUUUAAGGUUCCUGCAGCAACAAGUGCAAUUAUUACCAAUGAUGGAAUAGGAAUAAAUCCUGCACAGACUGCUGGAAAUGUUUUUCUAAAACAUGGUUCAGAACUGCGGAUUAUCCCUAGAGAUCGUGUUGGAAGUUGCUAAUAUCUGCUGGGAACAUGCAGUUACCUUUCAGAAUAAAAAUUGCUAGUUUUAUUUUGGUUGUAAAAGUGAGAUCGGGCAUUUAACAUACAAUGCAAACACCAAGUGUCAGUGAAACAAUGACUGUUCUGUCCCUUCUUGUUCAUAUUCUUCGCGUGAAGAGGAAGUGGUUAUGAACAGACAGUGCCCCCACCACAGAAAGUCACACAGCGGCUGCCUGCGGCUUCACAAAUAGGAAAUUCAUCUGUGGCCAAUGGAUUGCACAACUUUUUUACCUGGAAAAUAAUUCUGGUAACUUUUUGUGAGUAAUUUUGGAAAAUUAAAAUUUCCUAAGUACAUGAUUGUCUUUGAGUUAAAAAUGUAGAAAGAUUGAUUAUGGAUCAUAGAUGGCAGUUUGCUUUGAUAGCAUCUUAUAGACAUAUAUGGAUUCUUAAAUAUACAUUUUGUGAUAAAUGUAAUGGACAUAUCAGUGAAUAUUUAACUUUUUAUCAUUUAUAAUUUAAGUUUUCAAACUUCACAAGUCACAUAAAUUUUAAUUAAAUAUCAAAGAACCAGAAAUUUAAUUUCUUGGUCUAACCAUUAUGUGCAUAAACUAACAUCACAUACCAAAGUCCUUGAGGGUUCUUGCAGAAUAUAUUCAUCAUGGUGGAAGUUGAUGAUAUGUAGAAGCACCUUUGCUGAGCUAUGCAUUUCUUUAGAGCUAGUGAGUCUCUGUCAGCUUCUGAAUGCAACAUUUUUUAUGACAAAAACCCUCAAGAAAUGACUGUUUUUAAAGAUACUGUUUUCAGCGUUCUGAAAGAAUAUUGUUACAGAAGUUCACCAGAAUCUUCAAGAAAUACUGAUCAGGGCUGGGGAUAUAGCUCAGAGGCACAGCACCUGCCUAGCAAGUGUGAGGUCGUGAGUUCAAUUCCUGGCACCAGAAGAAACACAACUGACCAGAAAUCCUGAUGAGUUACAUUUAUUGAAGACCUGGCUUUUGAGGAAGUGCUAACAUUAAUCACCCAAGUGCGUAACAGGCAGAGAUGGGAAAGCCCAGCUGACCAGGCUUGGCAAAGAGGAACGAGAGGCAAGGACAACAGGAAUGAGUGAUAGGAAACCGUCACAGUGUCACAGAGAACACCAGCGGGUCCACAGAACUGCGGAGAGUGUUAGAAAACCUGAAAUGGAAAACAAAAUGCUUGACAUAGUCUUAGACAGCAAAGUGUAUUUCUUGUCCACGUGCAGACUUAAAAGUACCCAGUAUGAGUAUUCAAAACAUGUGUCUGUAACAAAAUAUUUUAUUUGUGUUUACAGAGGAAAUCAGUGUCUGCACAGUUUGAAAGGUGAAUUGAAGGGUCCUAGUGGUUCAGAGUAAGUGCUGGACCUGCUGUCUUAUAAAUGGCUCACUCUAGAGCAAGGGUUUUGUCUGUCUAGUUCUUUUUAACCCUGGAAAUGGAGACGGUCAAUAAAUAAUGCCGAGUUUAUUCAUGACUAAAUUCUCUCUGAGACCAAUAUUUAUUGUAGCAUGUUUCAGAGUCUUCACUGUUACGGGCCCCAGGUUCACUGAAGGAGAAAAGUAUCAUGAAAUGCAACCGAAUCAGCUUCUGAAGGGUGCCAUCAGUACUUCAAGAAAUUAACAUGUAUUUUUCACAAGUCUGAUGAAAAAGUAGCAAGAUCUUCAGUUAUCAAAGGGAAGAAGUUUGGCUAAAGAAUAAAUACACUGUGUUUGGAAUGUUUUUAUUAAAAAAAAAAAAAAAAAAAACCUGUUUCUCAAAGGCCGCUAGUAGGCCUUAGUGGACCAGCUGUUUCUGAGUUCCUGAUCCUUCAAGUUUUUUGGCUUAGUUAAUUUUUUUUCCAUUCUUGUAGCACAAAUAUCUAUUUUCUGUUUGCAUAGCUAAGUUUAUGGUGUCUUGUGCUAUAAAGUGAUUUAUUUAAUACUUUGGUUCUGUACUUUAGAAAAGUAGACUGUAGUUCUUAGCAUAUUUUGUUAACAACUACAUUUUAUUAUUAAAUAAAUGUGGUCUUUAAAUUCUCUAUGCAGAAUGCUUUGAAGUACUGUAUUUAAAUGUAUUACUGGCCCAUAAUUACUUACGAAAAUACAUUUUAUUACACUGUAAA